ACAUGGCAGACGUCGUACCCCCGGAGGUAAAGCCCAAGCCGGUGGUCCCGGCCAAGCCCCCGCACGUGGCACCUCCCCCGGUCCCAUCUUCCCAGCCCCCUCCUCCCUACAUGCCUCCUCCUUUGUCCGCCUCCUCGGGGCUGGCGGGCAACAAGCGGGCCUCCUCGGGGGGCUCCGCCCUGCUGGGCUACAUCGGCAUCGACACCAUCAUCGAGCAGAUGCGGAAGAAGACCAUGAAGACGGGCUUCGACUUCAACAUGAUGGUCGUAGGUCAGAGUGGUCUGGGCAAGUCCACGCUGGUCAACACGCUCUUCAAGUCCCAGGUGAGCCGGAAGAGCAGCGACUGGGGACGCGACGAGAAGAUCCCCAAGACGGUGGAGAUCAAGUCUGUCUCACACGUGAUUGAGGAAGGGGGCGUGAAGAUGAAGCUGACCAUCACAGACACACCGGGCUUUGGAGACCAGAUCAAUAAUGACAAGUGUUGGGAGCCCAUCUCCCAGUUCAUCAAUGAACAGUACGAGAAGUACCUGAAGGAAGAGGUCAACAUCUCCCGGAACAAGCGCAUCCCCGACACCCGCGUACACUGCUGCCUGUACUUCAUCGCACCCACCGGACACUCGCUGCGUCCGCUGGACAUCGAGUUCAUGAAGCACCUGAGUAACUCGGUCAACCUCAUCCCUGUCAUCGCCAAAUCGGACACGCUCACGCCGGAGGAGAAGUCUGAAUUCAAACAGAGGGUGAGGAAGGAGCUGGAGGCGGGUGGCAUUGAGUUUUACCCCCAGAAGGAGUUUGACUACGAUGUGGAGGACAAGGCUGACAAUGACAAGAUCAGGGAGGUGAUGCCCUUUGCAGUGGUGGGCAGUGAUAAGGAGUACCAGGUCAAUGGCAAACGGGUGCUGGGACGAAAGACGGCAUGGGGCAUCGUAGAAGUUGAGAACCUGACCCACUGCGAGUUCUCCCUCCUCCGAGACUUCAUCAUCAGGUCCCACCUGCAGGACUUGAAGGAGGUGACCCACAACAUUCACUACGAGACGUUCCGCGCCAAGCGCCUCAACGACAACGGGGGCCUUCACCCCGUCUCCUCCGCCCCCGCCACGCAAGAGAGCAACCUAUAGAAGAAGACCACCACCCACCACCCCCGUCCCAACAUACAUAAUGCACCAAUGGCUUCUCAGCGAGAUACAGAGAGAGAGGAGAGGGAGAAUAGAUGAAGGCUCAGGAGAAAUAACAAAGAGAGUGAGAAAUAAAUGGCUGAAUACAUUGUAAAAUAAAUGUUGACAUAAAUGUUGUUGAUUGACAGAGAAAGAGAGAGAGAGAGAGAAAGUGGAGAAUGGAUGGAGGCUCAGGGGAAUGAGAUUGAGAAAUAGAGAUAGAGUGAUGGGGAUUUGGGUUUUUAUUUUUGGCUAGCUAAUCAUUCUAGUAUCGUGCCAUGUGAUCACUGCAUGUUUGAAGGGAGCUCUUUGUCAUGUUUGGAUUUUUACC